AUGAAGGCCAAGCUGGAGAUCCUGGCCAUGGUCCUGGGCUUCCUGGGCCUUUUUGGCCUGGUGGCGGCCACCGCCAUGCCCAUGUGGCGCGUGUCCGCCUUCAUCGGCGCCAACCUCAUCGUCAUGGAGGUGCUGUGGGAAGGCCUUUGGAUGAACUGCUACAACCAAGCCGACAUCAAGAUGCAGUGCAAGGUCUACGACUCCUUGCUCAUCCUGCCGCGCGAGCUGCAGGCGGCGCGGGGGCUGAUGGUGGUGGCCACAGUGUUGGCCACCAUCGCCCUCUUCGUGGCCGGCUUCACCAUGCGGAGCACCACUUGCUGCAAGGAUCGCGUCCGAGCCAAGAACAUCACCCAUGCCUUCGCCGCCUCCUUGUUCCUGCUGGCCUGCGUGCUGGCGCUGGUGCCCAUUUGUUGGGUGGCGCACACCGUUAUCCGGAACUUCUACAACCCGAUAGUGGUGGACUCACGUAAAAGGGAACUGGGGGCCUCGCUAUUCAUCGGCUGGGUCGCCUGUGGCCUCCUACUAGCCACCGGCGCGGUCCUCCUGCUCAGCUACAACAAGCGGCGGUCCAAGGAGUACGAGCCUUACUCAGGGUCUUACUUAAUGGCCGCCAGGAAAGUCGCCAGCGAGCGCAGCAGUCGGGCGCCGUCCAGUUUUCACAAACAUCACGAAUAUGUGUGA